UUACCAGGAAGUAAGCUGUCUGAGCUUACCAUGGUACCAGCAGUGUGAAGAGGUGCAUGGGCGUGCAGAGUCUUGAGCAAUUCAGCUGCUGUGAAUUCGACGUUAUAAAUAGCGAUGACUCCUGCUGAGCUGGUGUACCUGGGAGUCCUCGCUAUUUCAAUCCCAGUUGGAUUCCUCCUCCGUUACCUCAGUCCUCCUGGAAAGCAGGGAGCAGCUCUUCUUCUGGGCCUCUGCAUCACCGUCGCCACUUCUCACAUCCACACACUCCACUCUUUGGUGACAGUGAUUGGAACAUGGAUUAUUAUAAAGAGCAGCUGGCGGUAUGCACCAGCUCUGACUCUCACCUGGACAUUUCUCUACCUCCUCUUCUUUCGAAUGAACACUUGGUUUGGGCUGCCACCACCAACACACUUUGCCAAUGCCGUCCAACUUGUUCUCACUCUCAAGAUGGUGAGUCUGGCAAAUGAGGUGCGCAUCUUCCAUAUAGAAAAGAAAAAGGAAAUGAGCUCUUUUGCCAAGUCCACUGUGAUUGUUAGCCUGUCUCAGGAGCCGUCUCUCUACGAUAUUCUGUCCUAUAGCUACUGUUAUGUUGGUAUACUAACUGGUCCAUUUUUUCGCUUCCAAACAUAUGCUGAUUGGCUGAGGCAGCCAAGCCCACAGUCCCUGCCUGGCCGGGUUCCAUGCCUGCACCGUUUGAAACUGGUUCCUGUGUACGCUGCCCUGUUCCUGGCUGUUAACUCUGUUUUUCCUCUGGCCUAUGUUCGCACAGAGGAGUUCCUGGAUCAGAACUUCUUCUUUAGGUUCUUCUACAUGAUAGCUGUGUUCUUCGUGUUUCGGAUGCGUUUCUAUGCUGCCUGGUGUGCGGCUGAGGCCGGCUGUAUCAGUGCAGGUCUGGGCUGUUAUCCAGAGAAAGCUCUUUCCAAACCUGGAGGAGGACCAACUGUCAACUACAGCCCUGAUCCCUCUGCUGAAGAGACAUAUGACUUCAGAACCAUCCAGAACAUCGACUGCUAUAACACUGACUUCUGUGUGAAGGUCCGGCAUGGCAUGCGCUACUGGAAUAUGUCUGUGCAGUGGUGGCUGCAUCAUUACAUCUACCCUAAUUCCCCCUUUAAAUCCUACACGCUCAGGGCUGGCUGGACCAUGUUCAUCAGUGCAUACUGGCACGGGCUACACCCUGGAUACUACCUCUCCUUCCUCACCAUCCCUCUGUGCAUCGCAGCCGAGUCGGCCAUGGAGGCGUCAGUGCGAGCCAGACUUGGCCCUCGUGGACAGAACAUCUUCGACUGGGUUCACUGGUUCCUGAAGAUGAGGGCGUACGACUACAUGUGCAUGGGCUUCGUGCUGCUGAAUUUCUGGGACGUCAUCAACUACUGGACCUCCAUCUACUUCAUUAUGCAUGCUAUCGCCAUCUGCUGUAUAAUUAUUGGAAAGCUCCUGAAAGGAGGGAAAGGAGAAGGGAGGAGAGGGGUCAAGGAGGGAGAGAAGACAGAGAACAGUAAAGAGAAAAGCGGAGAAAAAACAGACUGAUGAAAGGGUUGGAAAGAUAUUUUUUGGGCUAUGAGAGGAGUUUCAUCAAGACAAGAACAAUGUCAGACCAGUACUCAGCCUUCUAGCAACAAACAUCACACACACCCAAUGAAAUUAACUGGAUUUAAAAAAAAAUUACAUAGCAUCAGUUAAAAAAGCAACAUUUAAAACCAGAUAAUGGUCAACAUUUUGUCUACGUGUACAUAAAUACUGUGAACACUGGGAGAGGAAUGUUUGAGCUCGAUGAAUGUCACUUUAAUACACCUGUUUAGACCUUGUAUUAAUAUAGAUUCAUAUUUGAUUUGGACAUUUGGAUACCAAGUGUUAAUUCUGGUUUAAUAUCGAAUAGCUCAGAUUGCUUAAAGGGGUGGGCUGGGAUGCCUUUAUCUGAAAUUUUAGGCAAGGCAAGUGUAUUUGUAUAGCACAUUUCAGCAACAUGGCAUUUUACACAAGACAUCAAAACACAAUGGAACAAAGGAACACACCAGAGAUAUGAAUUUACUAAAACAGCCAAUAAAACCUACAAAAGAUUAAAGAAAAAAAGAAAUCCAAAGAGAGAAGAUUUCUAGUUUAAACAAGACUGAUACUGCCUUCUUCUGGAAAUCCCAUCUCUUCUACCCAGAUGUAAAAAUAUCUGACCCAGUUGGUACCAUAUUUUGUUUUCAUAGUAUCACAAUAGGGGUGCAAGGCGGCACAGGUUUAUGCUGUUGCCUCACUGCUUCCCUUGUCAGGGCCUUUCUGUGCAGAGUUUGCAUGUUCUCCCCGUGCAUGCGUGGGUUCUCUCUGGAUACUCCUGCUUCCUCCCACCACCAAAGACAUGCUUGCUAGGUUAAUUGGUGACUAAAUUUAUUGCCCCUGGUUGUUUAUCUCUACAUGUUAACCCUGAGAUUCCAGGGUGUACCCUGCCUCUCGCCCAGUGGCAGCUGGGAUAGGCUCCAGCUCAACCAUGAGCUGGUCUUGAAAAUUGAUGAAUGGAGGAAUCACAACAGUAUGUCCCUGGUGGAUCUCUCAUCUCCUUAGUAGUUGACACAACAUGUGGUACGCAUCCAUGACCCCCCUACCAAUUAAUGUAAUCUACAGUAUGUUUUUUUCCUGUCCAGCCUGGCUCAUACUGAUGGGCAUUGCAGCUCUUUUGGGAAAUCUGGGAUCUUUUGGCUCAGCUCACAUAUAAGAGCUGGUCUUCCCUUUUAUGUCUUUAAAACAACAUCAAAAAAGGGGCAAGGGAACACUAGCUUCUGUCAUUCACAUACAAGAGUCAGCUGAAACUACCUCAUAAUUUGUCAUCUUAAUUGUGGGUUCAUGUUACAAGUUUUAUUUACUACAUAGUAUAUCGCAUUGUCCUUUGAAAGCAGGUUUAUGACAAAAUGAGGGAGAAAAGCCAUUAAGAGACGCCACCAUCUUUUUAGCUUGUUGCUAAAUCCAGCCCCAUUUAUUUUAUUGUCAGUGAUGUUUCUACACAGGGCAUGCAGGAAUACCAAGCCACAGAAAGAGUACCACAGAAAUGAUGAUUAGGCUGCUAAAGUGCUAAAGUGCAGUCGCCUGGUAUCCAAAUGCCCAGAAUGGAUUGUUAAUGCAAAAUAUAAACAGGGCCAUAGUGUAACCAGGGCAGUUAACAUCUGUGAAAUCCCUCAUCUAAUUGUAUACCUGUAGUGUAGGUGUACUUUUAUUCCAUGAUCACAUUCCAAGUUUUAUAUGGUUAGCUUAGCUGUAAUAUAGAUCCAGAUGAGGUUGUUGGAAUGUCAAAAUGUUGUUUUGCAAAAAGGUAGCAGGUCCAGCCCAAGGAUAAGCCUCAGUGCAAUGCAAAUUCAUUGAGAUUUGACUGGACAAAUUUUCAUAAACCACCAAACACUCCAACAACACAGAAAGAAAAGAAAGUAAUAAAAAGCAUUUUUGUGAUACUCUAAAUGUUGCAGGCUUUGCAAGCAUUGUCAAAGUUUUCAAAGUUAUUAAUGUUCAGGGAAAAAACAGAUUCUGCUGCCAUUUAACAUCUAAAACCAAACAUUGAUUUUGUGUUUACUAUAAUGAAUGGUCAAAAUGGAGUUAUGCUUCUGUACUUCAGAUUUAAAGCAGGCAGUAUUUUUCAUGGUAUUGUCUGAAAUUCAACUGUGAUCAAGUUUAAGGAUGCAAAGGAAGUUUCCUUGUGUGAUUCAGUUAAAUCCAACUCUUGGAUUUUUCCAAUACUGCUCUGCUUGUAUUCAUAAAUGAGAUCAUAUUAGGAAGAUAAAAACGGUCAGUUUUGUAGCAUUGCUAUGUCUGUAAAAAAGUGACAGUCCAUUCACUGCCAAGAUAUCUCCUCAUACUGCCAUCAUGGACCACACAGGGUUGGGACCAAACAUUUGAUAGCAAAAAGUUGUAUGUUUCACAUCAUUAUUACAAGCUGCCAUUGCUGUUCAUAAUUAACAGCCCAGCUGGAGUUGGAUGAUUUGUUUGCUAUCAGCAUGACACAUUUUAAUCAAAUAUGGCGUAAAAGAAGCCGGUAGUUUUCUGCAAUCCAAGUGACAGACAAAAGAUCUAAAGACAGACAGUUCUUGGUGGAAGUGAGGAUCAGCCUGGUGUUGGAAGCAGGAAAUUUUCAGAAUGUAAUGUGACUUAUAGUGUGUAAAAAAGAAUUACAUUUUCUAGCUGGAAAUUGCUCUGAAAUACGCAUUCAGAAAAUUUGUAGAAAUACCUUUAUCACAUAAUGAUCCUGCCAAAAGUUAAUAAACAAUGGUGUUUAAUAUUGCCCAGCUUUAGCAACAGCAAACUUAGUAUUAUUAGAUAAAAAUGUCAAGCCCUUUGUCUUUUUCAAACUGUGAUAACUGUGCCGCAUCUUUGUGUUAAACAAGCUUGACUGACCUCAGAACUGAAAGUUUUUCCCUAUGUAAUAUCACUUGUUAUCAAUCUAAUUUGAAUUGCAAACAGAUUUGUGUUUACCCUCUCUGUGCCAAAAAUAGCCCUUUGUUUCACGAUCUGAUUUUACAGUGAUGUGUCCCUGUUUACUUCUCAUAUUUAUUUUUCUGCAUUUUGCUGUUUGUGUUCAGCCUCAUGUACCUCGACGACUGUAGCAUUCCCUGCUCUGUGACAGUCAAAUACAUGACACCAUUUCGCUGCAAAUAGAACUCAAGCCUCUUCUGUUUUUAAAAGA